ACCAUUGUGUGCCGCACACAUUGCGAAUGGAAUAAGAACAAAACCAAGCGUAGUGUGGUUUGGUAGUAUAAUAUUGUAGAAAUAUUGGCUCGCGUUUGUUAAAGUAUUUAUGUUUGUAGACAAGUUCUUUAUUUAAAGUUAUAUAAAUUGAAUAUAAUUUCUUCGAUUGCAAAAACAUUUUAAUAAUACUAAGAGCAACAAACACGCGACUAUCUUUGAUUAUUUGUCACACGAAGCACUCUGUCAGUUGAAAAAAGAUUCAUCAUGUCAAACGAUACGGUAGCUAAGGUACAAGAAUAUAAAGAUUCUCUCAUACAAAAAGCGGAACACUUAAUCAUACAGGGUUUCCCAGAAAAAAUCGUAGAAUUAAAUGAAUUACUGUCUACUCCCAUGUUCAGCGAGCGGAAUUUCAAUGAAGUGCAUCAGGACUUAAACAUUCCAAUACCUGAUCCUAUAACUGUGAAUAAUCAUGACGAUACGCAUCUUGAUGGUGUGGAUCAACAACCUUCAGCAAAGAGACCACGCAACGAUAUUUCUACAACCGGCGUUAAGGUAAUGUUCUUAGCAACUGGAUCAGUUGCAUGCAACGAGCCACUUUGCGAUAUGAUUAGAAUUGUUAAACCAAUAAUUCGUAAACUCGUUGAAGAUUCCAAUUUGCUGAAAAUGUGGAUUUCAUUUAUGAUACCGAAAAUUGAGGAUGGAAAUAAUUUUGGUGUGUCGGUGCAAGAGGAUACUUUAGCUGAAAUACAAGCUGUUGAAUCGGAGGCUGCUGCAUUCUUUGAUCAGAUAUCCCGUUAUUUCUUGUCGCGUGCGAAAGUUGUAUCAAAAGUAGCAAAGUAUCCGCACAUCGAUGACUAUCGGCGUGCCGUCGUCGAACUGGAUGAAAAGGAAUACUUGAGUUUAUGGUUGGUAGUGUGCGAAGUGAGAAAUCGUUAUUCUUCAUUACAUGAUAUUGUCAUUAAGAAUUUGGAAAAACUUAAGAAGCCACGUUCAUCGAAUGCGGAUAGUCUUUAUUAAAUGCUAUCGCUGGAGGAAAGCUUGGCGCUAAUCUCUAAAUUCUUCUAUUAAUUUACGUAGUAGUUUGACGUGGUACUGAAUACCAUAUUAUUUCUCAUUAAGCCAAUCCUAAUAAUGAUGGAAUAACUGUAAAACAAUAUUUAUUUUGUAAAAGCUCUAUUAUUACAAAUAAAGUAAAUUUUGAUUUUCUAAACCUA